UAAAUUUGCUGCUGUUGUAAUAAAAACUAAAGUAAAUUAGUAAAAAAAAAAAUUAUAAAAAAAUUUUUAUUAACAGUUUAAGUUCUCAUACAAAGUUUAAAGUAGAUUAAAAAUUUGCCAGUAAAAAAACUUAGACAUGUUUAAGUUGUUAUUGCAUUUAAUUACAAUGAGCUAUGUAGCUGGAUACAGAGUUGACGUUUGCUAUGUUUCUCAAAAGUAUCCGUUUGUAUCGUCCUUACAGGAUGAAUUUUGUCACAAUAAACACAGUCUGUUUAAAAAGCAGUCAAAAAACAAUAUGGGUAAAAUUCUUUAUUGGGUAAAAGAUGUUAAUAAUUUGGACGAAAAAGAUAUCAUAAGGCUAAGAAAUGACGUAAGUAAAUACGGAGCUGUAGUAAUUAAAAAACAGCGUCUUACAAGAUAUCAACAAGAAGCAUUCACUGCUAAACUUGGCGAAACAGUUAUACUUCCAUCUUCGUUCCAAGGAAAUAAUAGCUACCUGGGACAUCCCGCUAUUUCGGCUGUUUCUAAUUACUGGCAAAAUGGUUCGUGGAAAGGGCCACAGCACAGUUUUGGACAAUAUUGGCACAAAGAUGGAAACUACUAUCCCUACCCAAAAAAUUUCAUAUUUUCAAUUCUUUAUGGUGACGAAAUAUCAUCUUUUUUAGAGGGAGGAGGUACUGGCUUUAUAGAUGCUUGUCUCGCAAGAGAUUAUGCGCCUCAGCAUAUUUUGAAUGUUCUUAAAGAUACUAAGAUUAUUGUUAAAGUCAAUUUCAUUACUGAUUUUCGUAAUGGUUUAAAGGAGCAUUUAGAACGCUAUCCAACAGUAGAACAUCAAUUUAUAUUUAAACAUCCUCUUAAUAAACGAGAAUGUGUGUUCUUGUUUAAAGUUACCGAAGAGCAGGAGUUGUUUUACACCCAAGAAGAAUUAAGAGCUUUUGAUGAGAUGUGGAAAUUUAUGCAACAAGAGCUUUUUUUUUACUUUCACAAAUGGAGUCAGGGUGAUAUCUUGAUUUGGGAUAAUAUGGCAGUUUUCCACAGGGCUAUGCCGAUCAUUGAUAAAGGAGAAAAAAGAACUUUGUAUCGUACAAUGGUCCGAAUUAAUUUAUAGACUUUAAUCAUUUUACAACAAAGUCUGAUUGGAAAAAACAUUUGAAACGUAAUUUUUAAAACAAAAGACUAUUUGGGUCAUGCUGGUGCUGCUGAUGUUGGACUGAUGGAUUAAAUAGACAAAAAAUUUUCUUUACGCUAUAAGAACUAUGCUACGCUUUAUAACACACUUCAUUGUAAAUAAUAUAUUAACGUAAUUUUUAAAACAAAAGACCAUUUGGGUCAUGCUGGUGCUGCUGAUGUUUGGCUGAUGGAUUAAAUAGACAAAAAAUUUUCUUUACGCUAUAAGAACUAUGCUACGCUUUAUAACACACUUCAUUGUAAAUAAUAUAUUUUAAUCCUGAAAAUACAAAAGCUAAAUUGUCUAUAAUGCUUUUACAGCAAUAAAAAAAUUUUUGUUUGUAUAAAUUAUUUUAAUUUUUAAA